AUGGCUGCGUGCGCUGCUGCUUCCAACCCCAUCUGUUCUUCUCCUGCAUUUCUCCACAGAAGCACCACUAAGGGGAUAUCCUCCAGUCAUGGCGGUUUGAAGAAGCCCUGUUCGGCCUUCUUCCCCUCAUCAAGCCUGAAGACCAAGAGGGUUUCCGGUAUACCGUCGAGGUUAUCGUUUGUGAGAGCAGAGACCACAGGAGAGAACAAAGACAGCUCGGUGAACGUGAAAAAUGUGGACCAGAAGAAAGAGACAGCGGUGGAGAGGAGGCCUCGACGAGCAACCAUGGCGAUCUCUCCAUUUGGAUUGUUGGACCCAUUGUCACCAAUGAGGACGAUGAGGCAAAUGCUGGAGACGAUGGACCGGCUGUUCGAGGACACAAUGAUGAGUUUCCCUGGGAGUAGUCGGACUACGGAGGGUGAGGUGCAGGUACGGGCGCCCUGGGACAUCAAAGACGAAGAGGAGGAGGUGCAGAUUAGGAUCGACAUGCCUGGGCUAUCCAAGGACGAGGUGAAGGUGUUGGUGGAAGAUGACGUUCUGGUUAUCAAGGGUGAGCAGAAGAUGGAAGAAGGUUCAGGCGGUGAUCAAGGCGAGGAUGAUUCUUCUUGGACGGGUAGGAGCAUUAACUCCUACCACACCCGCUUCCGCCUUCCCGACAACUGUGAGAAGGACAAGAUCAAGGCUGACUUGAAGAACGGUGUCCUCCUCAUCUCCAUCCCCAAGACCAAAGUCGAUCGUAAGGUGAUCAAUGUCGAGAUCAACUGAGCUUCCUUCAUAAAUAAUAA